AGUGUCAUUUCUCUUAGCGCGAGACAAGGAGAACAGUGGGGAGGUGAGAAAAACGCACGAGCUGAUCACCUGCUAAAACAGCACGCGGAAAAAAGAAAGUUCAAAAUAGGAAAUAUGAAAACCAUCAUAAUCCAGGUAAGCUGGAUUGUUUGAGGUAAAAGAGCACAAUGCUGACUCUUCCCUUUGAUGAUCCUGUCAUAAUGGACAGUCAAUUUGGGGCAAACUUUCCACGGGACUGCGUGGGUGAAAUGAAGGUCACUAAACAAGAGCCAUUUAAAAAGGAAGAGACGCUCACGAUGGAGGACGAGGAUUCGGAGAAGGAUGAGGAUGAACGGGAAGACGGACAGGACGAGAAUGGUCUGCCUCGGAGGAGAGGGCCUCGGAAAAAGAAAAUGACCAAAGCCAGGGUGGACCGGGUCAAGAUGAGGCGCAUGGAGGCCAACGCCAGGGAGAGGAACCGAAUGCACGGUCUGAACAACGCCCUGGACAGUCUGCGCAAGGUGGUGCCCUGCUACUCCAAAACCCAGAAACUAUCGAAAAUCGAAACCCUGCGGCUGGCCAAGAACUACAUCUGGGCGCUUUCCGAGAUCCUGAGCACUGGGAAGAGGCCUGACCUCCUGACCUUUGUUCAGACCCUGUGCAAAGGGCUCUCGCAGCCCACCACCAACUUAGUGGCCGGAUGCCUGCAGCUGAAUGCCAGGAACUUCAUCACGGAUCAGAUCAACAGCGAGGCGUCGUUCUCCAGCAGGUCACCAUACGAAUCCGUGUACACGACCUACCACAGUCCGGGUGUGGUGACGCCCUCGGGACCCUCGGUAGAUGCGGUCAAACCCUUCAGGCCAUUCAACUACUGCAGCUCUUAUGAGUCUUUCUACGAGAGUGUCUCGCCGGAAUGCGGAAGCCCUCAGUUUGACGGUCCCUUAAGCCCGCCUAUUAACUUUAACGGGAUCUUUUCCCUCAAGCACGAAGAGCCGGUCGAAUACGGAAAGAGCUGCCACUACAGCACGCGCUACUGCGCCGUGCCGCCGCGCUCCUCCAUCAGCCAGAGCGCGAGAGGCUCCUCGGAUCUCCAUUUCCCAUAUGACAUUCACCUCCGCGGCCAGUUUUACCCCAUGCAAGACGAAGUAAACACUUUUCAUAAUUAAUGAGAGAAAGUCAAACGUGAGUGAAAAGGACUGAAAAUGCAGGACUUUCAAUCGCACAUGUAUAAUUAUAAAGUCAUCUCUGAUUUGGGUUUUAAGCCAUCGGAUAUUUUAUUAUUUAUCCUUUUUAAUUAAAUUGGAAACGUACUUGUUCCUAAUUAUAGAUUUUUUUAACUGUUCGACAAAAUAUGUGAUCUGAUGGAAAAACAAUUCAUAAACAAUAACUGUUUUACGCAGAGUUUCUUGCUUAUUUUCGGUAUUCAAUUGAGUGUGUGAGUAUUUCUAAAUCUGUCUUUAAGGUGUCUUGCUCCAAAAUACAUCUGUUGAUUAUAAGGUCAUUCAAAUAUCUGCGAUGAAAAUUCAGUAAAAUAGGAGAGCAAUAAUUGCUAAGGGUGCUAUGCAAUACACAAAUCUAGAAUUCUCGAUCUGGCCAUUUAUUUAUCCACUUAAUUUGUCUGAAUAAUGUUCGCAAAAACUUCAAAAUGUUGGUGUUAAAAUUUUGUUGUUGCUCAUCAUUUUGUAAUACAUAAAAUCGUUUAUUCGUUUAUGAGAAAUAACAUAAAAACGUUAAGAACUUUAGUUGUAUUUAUUUCCUUUGAAUACAAUUAAUCUUUAUUUAAAAAAGUUUCGUGAUGUAGGCUAUUACACAGUGCACUAUAUCUUGGCAAAAAUGUAUUCAGCAAUUGGCUAUUAUUAUUAUUAUCAUUUACAAUCAUAGUAAUAAUAUGUUAACGACCAGCACUAAGAGUAAAUUAUUGAAUCAAUUUGUUUUCCUUUAGAAUAUGAUAUAUUUAAAAUAUAUAGGCAAUGGAUGUAAUUCUGAAAAACGAAAAAAUAAGGGUAGCUAUAGUUAACAUUUGUUUCAUUGAUUUCAAUAUGUGUAUUUUAACUUUACAAAUGUGGACAAUCGAGUUUUAAGCACCCUCUUAAUUUCCAAAUAUUUCAAAUAUAUCACACUUGUCUAUGCGCAUCAUUUUCAAAAGUAUGAUGAAGGAAUAUCACAACACUACGAUGUAAUUAUGCAACAGAUUGUUUGACAAUUCUGUGUUUUCUCAAAUGUAAAGUCGUCGAUAUAUUUGGUGGCAUUACGUACAAUCUCGGAACAAUCACUGUAAGCAAAUGCAUUUUAUGCAUGUAAAUUCUCUAAUGGAAAGGUCUGUGUGCUGUCUAGUGAACUCAUGUCACGGGAAAACCUGCCUUAAUAUAUUUGUCACGCAUCAUUUAUGCAAUGUCAUGGACGUCUGCAGUGGUGGAUUUGUGCAUUGAUAAAAAAUUGAUUUUUAUCACCAAACGGGAUCUUUCUGUUGUGUGUAAUGACUGAAUGCACUGAAACUGGUCUUUGUACACCGUCGAGUUGUUUUGUACAGUAAAAUAAAGUUUAA